AGGCAACGCCCGACGAGGGCGAGGCCGAGCUGCUGGCUGAGGUGGAGGGCCUGUACGUGCAGGCCAUGGAGCACGAGCUGGCCUUCUUCGGCCAGUUCGGCCUCGAGGGCACGGGCCAGGAGGCGCAGCGGCGGGCGCUGCUGCGCGCGGCGCGGAUCGUGCCCCCGCGGGUGCUCAUCAUCGCGGGGUCGGACAGCGGUGGCGGGGCCGGCAUACAAGCGGACGUGAAAGCCUGCGCCGCGCUGGGGGCUUUCAGCACGACGGCGAUCGCGGCGCUGACGGCCCUCAGUAUCGUUUAACCGACCCCCAUCCCCAUCCCCAUCCCCUUCGAGGCCCCCACCAAAUGACCCCCCCAGUGGGGCAUACACCCCUCGAAACCCGAAGGGAAAGACCUACAUCCCCAUCUAGGGGUGUAAAUCGGCCAGUGGGGCCCAGGCCGCGCCGCUGGGGAUGGGGAUCGGUUAAAGACGAUACUCAGGCCCAGAACUCCGCUGGCGUGCAGGGCAUCUACCCGAUCCCAGUCGAGUUCGUGCAGCAGCAGAUGAGAUCUGUGCUGGACGAUCUGGGCGCCGACGUCGUGAAAACCGGCAUGCUGGCCACGUCGGCCAUCGUGAAGUCUGUCGUUGAGGGUCUGGCGGACAGAACCAGCUCGGUCGAGCGGUGGCGAAGGAGGCUGGUGGUCGAUCCCGUCAUGGUCUCCACGAGUGGGCACCAGCUCUUGGAGGACGACGCGGUGGACAGCGUGAAGAAGCACCUCUUCCCGAUCGCGACGAUCAUCACGCCGAACCUCUGCGAGGCCAGCCUGCUCCUGGAGGGGCGGAAGAUCGACUCGGUGGAGGCGAUGAGGCAGGCCGCCGUGGACCUGUGCGCCAUGGGGCCGCGGUGGGUGCUCUUGAAGGGCGGGCACCUGCAGGAGCCGGGGGCGGGGCGGGGCGGUCAGGGCCAUCUCCUCCUCCUCCUCCUCCUCCUCCUCCUCCUCCUCCUCCUCCCUCUCCUCCCUCUCUUCCUCCUCUCUCCUCCUCCUCCCUCUCUCCUCCCUCCUCCUCCUCCUCCUCCUCCUCCUCCUCCUCCUCCUCCUCCUCCUCCCUCCUCCUCCUCCUCCUCCUCCUCAUUCCAUGGCCCUCCUUCUUUGUCUUUUUUUUGUUGUUAUUAUUCUUCUUCUUCUUCUUCUUCGUUGUAA